UCGAUCAAGAUUUUGUCAUGUUUUACACGGUGGUGGUAUUUCAAUUUUCCAAUUAAUAAAAGGAUUUUCACCGAAAAUGUUGAGAAUUUGUUCAUUUUUUGCAUUUGUAUCGGUAUCGCUAGCGGUCGAGCUUAAAAUUGGAGGCAUAUUUGAUACGAAUGUUCAAAAAUCACAAUCAAUUUUCCAAUGUGCCGCUCAAGUGGUGAACAGUGGAAAAUUAGCUGAAUCGAAUAUAAAAUUGAGCCCGCGAUCGUUUGAAAUAUCAUACGGAAAUGAGUUUGCUGCGUCGAAACAUGUUUGCAAAUUGUUGAAGACGGGAAUCUCCGCUAUUUUCGGACCAUCAACACCGUCCUCAUCAGCACACAGCAUGAACAUUUGUGACGUCAAAGAAAUACCGUACAUCGAUGUUAAAUUCGAUGCCGACACCAGCCCGCCCGUAAUCAAUAUGCAUCCACAUCCGGAUGCUGUUGCGCAAAUUUUUGUCGAUAUGAUCAAAGCGUGGAACUGGGAAGGAUUUACGAUCGUUUAUGAGUCAGCUUCCUGGCUUCCUAAAGUGGCUGAACUCUUAAACUUGUACGAUCCAAAAGCCCAUGCCAUCACCGUCAGGCGAAUUAAUGUCGGACUAGGCGACCAAAAUUACAGGCCUGUGCUUCGACGUGUUAAAUUGUCUGGCGAAACGAACAUUGUGUUGGACUGUUCAAUUGAAACAUUGCCGGAAUUGUUGAAACAGGCACAGCAAGUGGGUCUAAUGACCGACAACAAUCAGUUCAUAAUAACCACAAUGGACAUGCACACCAUCGAUCUGGAACCGUAUCAGUACAGCGGUACCAACAUUACAGGCAUUCGCCUCGUUGAUCCGGAUAAUCCCAUGAUGGCACACAUUACCAAUUGUAUGGGUGAAUCGGAAGAAGCCGAAAACGAAGAAGAAUCGGAAAAGGACGAUUCAGAUGAAGAGAUGGAAGAGACAGUUGCCGAAAAAGAAUCGGAGAGCUUGAUCACUCCAGAGACACUACGCGUGCAAGAGGCCUUAACUUUCGAUGGAGUCUUGCUUCUGGCUGAAGCAUUCAAACAACUCAACGCAGGCCAACUGAAACCGAAAAAUCUGAACUGCAACAACAACGAGGCAUGGGAUAACGGCAACAGCAUCACGAACUUUAUGCGGAACACGGUUGUACAGGGAUUGACCGGGGACAUAAAAUUCGAUAAUCAAGGAUACCGAACCGUUUUCGCUGUGGAUAUCGUCGAGCUCACUUCGGCCGGUAUUGCAAAGAUAGGGACAUGGAAUUCCACAGAUGGAUUGAGUGUUUUGCGAACAAAUGAUCAAACCGGUGCCAUCCAAGCUGCAUCAUUGGGAAACAAAACAUUCAUCGUGCUUACGGCGCUGAGCGCACCAUAUGGAAUGCUUAGAGAUUCGGCCAGCAAGCUAACCGGCAAUGAUCGAUUCGAAGGAUUCGGCAUUGACUUGAUACAUGAGCUUUCGCUGAUGUUGGGAUUUAAAUACGAAUUUAAGCUGCAAGAGGACGGGAAAUAUGGAAACAUGGACAACGUCACCAAAGAGUGGAACGGAAUGAUUAGGGAAUUACAAGACGAGCGCGCUGACUUAGCUAUAACAGACUUGACGAUCACAGCAGAACGUGAAAGUGGAGCAGAUUUUACCAUGCCAUUUAUGAACUUGGGCAUAUCGAUCCUCUACAGAAAACCCACAAAAGAGCCGCCGUCCACAUUUUCGUUCAUGGCUCCAUUCUCGCCAGAAGUUUGGCAUUACGUGGGCGGUGCAUAUUUAAGCGUGUCAUUUUGCUUGUUCCUGUUGGGACGAAUCUCGCCGUCGGAAUGGGACAAUCCUUAUCCGUGCAUUGAGGAACCGACGGAGCUGGAAAAUCAAUUUACCCUGCGAAAUUCCUUGUGGUUCACCAUCGGUGCGCUACUACAGCAGGGAUCGGAAAUUGCACCCAAAGCUCCAUCCACUCGUGCCGUGGCUGCACUUUGGUGGUUUUUUACACUGAUUAUGGUGUCAUCGUACACUGCAAAUCUAGCCGCUUUCCUUACCGUACAGUCUUUGACGUCGCUAAUUAAAAGCGCUGAAGACUUGAAACAGUGUGGAGAUCAGCAUUUUCAAUGUCCAGUGCAGUUUGGUGCUAAGAAUGGUGGGAGCACAUAUAACUUCUUCAAGGAGGCCGAACAUGAAACAUACAGAAACAUGUUCACCUACAUGUCAAAUCAUCCCGAAUUGCUUUCCAUUGACAAUGAUCAGGGCCUACUAUGGGCGAAGACAAAAAACUACGCCUUUCUCAUGGAGUCGUCGUCAAUUGAAUACAUUGUCGAACGUAACUGCGACGUAACGCAGGUUGGCGGUCUGUUAGACGAUAAAGGUUACGGCAUUGCUAUGAAAAAAGGUUCUCCAUACAGGAAUGCUCUCAGCGAGGGAGUUUUGCGAUUGCAGGAGCAAGGAAUAUUGAAUAAUUUGAAAAUCAAGUGGUGGAAAGAGAAGAAAGGAGGAGGUGCUUGCGCGGCCACUGGUGACGAUAACGAAGCUCUUCCCUUGGAAAUAGCCAACGUCGAAGGAGUCUUCCUUCUGCUUAUAAUAGGCAUAGCGGUUGCGGUUCUGUGCAACUCAAUCGAAAUGUUGUUAGCUGUGCUAUCACGUUCAAUGGAACAUAAGGUUCCAUUCAAGGAAGAGCUUAUAGCAGAAUUGAAGUUCAUUGUCAAGUGCAGUGGAAAUACCAAAGCUGUUCGCCAUCGCAAAAGUGCUUCGAUAACUUCAAAAUCGAAUGAUUCCAAGCGAUCAAGCCGAAGUUAGGUGAAUGUAACCGGGCCAACACGACCGCAUCGUUUGUGUCUCUUUUUCGGUUAACAGACCCAUCUGGUGGUUAUUUUCGGAAAUUGUAACUUUUUUUUGAUUUGUGGUCACGUACCAGUAAUUACUCUGAAUUGAACGGUAGCAUUUAACCCAAGAACAUUUCUAAUUGAAAUUUCCAUAGCAAUGAGAAGUGAAAAAAUUUGAUUUUAGUUCAAACGUUCCCGCCAACAGAUCUUAAGACUCAGAAGAGUAUAAAGAUGAGUAUACAGUUCGUGAAAAAUGCUUGAAAAAUUUGUAGUAUACAAAUACAGCGCUAUUGGUAAUUAUAUUUCACCAAAGUUACCAAUCGCGCAGGAUUUAUAUACCAUUAGAAUGUUAACUUUAGACGGUAAUGACGGAUGUGACUCACCCCUAAUUAAAGGUGUUAUCGUAAAGCUCCUCAAAAGUUGAUGCUUUCGCACUAAUUUAUUUCACCGGACACGUACACACACAUUUAAACUAAAGCGUUUCCGCUAAAACGUAAUUUUUAAGAUUACCGCCGCCAUUUUAUUUCUACUGAGUCAUCUCUUCUGCAUCUCUUCUCACAUCACACCAAGCGACAAUAUUAUUGUUUGUUUACAUGAUUGGCCAUAAUAAAUUUUUCGUCAUUUCGGUGGCUUUGACAAAUAUUUUAAGUCAAACACUUAGUGAACUGUUAAAACCACACCGAAAUUAUUACAUUUUUCACAACCGGCCAACACUAAAUUUUUAUUUUGAUGAUUUGACGUUCCGAAAACAAUUCUGAUCUAAUGUUACGAUUAACGACUUUAACGACGAUUUUCUUCGUUAAACCAUAUUCGACUAAGUUCAAGGUGGAUGUGAUUUGGGUGGGAAACGCUAUAAAUGA